CCCGGCGGGGCCGCAGUGAGGGCCGCGGGGCGAUGCGCCGGCCGGAGAACGGGGCGGCGGCGGGGACCAGAUAAAUGGCUCGUUUAAAUUGGGAGCUACUAAAAUACUUUCUGGCUGGCAAAUGCAGUGCCUAGUAGCAGCUAUCAGGGAGGAACCAAACAUGAGUGGGGGAGGGGAACAGGUCGACAUUCUGCCGGCCAACUACGUGGUCAAGGACCGUUGGAAAGUGCUGAAGAAGAUUGGUGGUGGUGGUUUCGGUGAGAUUUAUGAGGCAAUGGAUCUUCUAACCCGUGAGAAUGUGGCCCUGAAAGUGGAGUCAGCCCAGCAGCCCAAGCAGGUCCUUAAGAUGGAGGUGGCUGUCCUGAAGAAGCUGCAAGGGAAAGACCAUGUUUGCAGAUUUAUCGGCUGUGGAAGGAAUGAGAAAUUUAAUUACGUGGUCAUGCAGCUUCAGGGCCGGAACCUUGCAGACCUCAGAAGAAGCCAGCCUCGAGGGACUUUCACACUGAGCACAACCCUGCGAUUGGGCAAGCAAAUUCUAGAAUCCAUAGAAGCCAUUCACUCUGUGGGAUUCCUGCACCGGGAUAUCAAGCCGUCCAACUUUUCCAUGGGUCGCCUGCCUUCAACCUACAGGAAAUGCUACAUGUUAGACUUUGGUCUGGCCCGGCAGUACACCAACACCAACGGCGAAGUCCGGCCACCUCGCAAUGUUGCUGGGUUUCGGGGAACGGUCCGCUAUGCUUCAGUGAAUGCACACAAAAACCGAGAGAUGGGUCGACAUGAUGACCUGUGGUCCCUCUUUUACAUGUUAGUGGAGUUUGCAGUUGGUCAGCUUCCAUGGCGCAAGAUCAAGGAUAAGGAGCAAGUUGGCAUGAUCAAAGAGAAGUAUGAGCAUCGAAUGCUGCUAAAACACAUGCCAUCUGAAUUCCACCUCUUCCUGGAUCACAUUGCGAACCUGGACUACUUCACCAAGCCCGAUUAUCAGCUGAUCAUGUCAGUGUUUGAGAACAGCAUGAAGGAACGAGGCAUUACUGAGAACGAAGCCUUUGACUGGGAGAAAGCUGGAACGGACAUUUUAUUGUCUACAAGCACCUCCACGCCACCACAGCAGAACACCAGGCAGACAGCAGCCAUGUUUGGGGUGGUUAACGUCACUCCAGUUCCUGGGGACAUGCUGCGUGAGAACACUGAAGAUGUCCUACAGGGUGAACACUUGAGCGACCAAGAGAAUGCUCCUCCGAUCCUGCCAGGCCGGCCAGUGGAAGGGCUGGGCCAGGCUCCUAACAUGGCCUUCAACGAGACCGAGGUUUGGGAAGAGACGGACGUGAACCGCAACAAACUCAGGAUCAGCAUCAGCAAAACCCAGUGCAUGAUGGAAGAGGAACAGAGAAGUGCUGUCUGCCCCAGCUCCCCGAUACGGGCACCUCCAGACUCCCCUACCACUCAAGUGCGCUCUCUGAGAUACCGUCGUGUGAACAGCCCUGAGUCGGAGCGCCUGUCCAUUGCCGAUGGCAAAGCAGAUCUACACGAGAGAAGAUCUCGCGUGGACUUACCUUGCUCCCCUUCCCGGCUGGUGUGUUCCUCCCAACCAGCACAGAUGCUGUCCAUCGACACUGGCCAAGUAGACCGUCAGGCAAGCGGCAGGAUGGAUGUGUCUGCUUCCGUGGAGCACGAGGCCCUCAGCAAUGCUUUCCGCUCCGUGCCGCUGGCGGAGGAGGAGGACUUUGAUAGCAAGGAGUGGGUUAUCAUUGAUAAAGAGACGGAGCUGAAGGACUUUCACCCGGGUGCUGAGCCGAGCACUUCUGGAACUACAGACGAAGAGCCUGAGGAGCUUAGGCCGAUUGAAGAGGGCGAGGAGAGGAGGCGAUUAGGGGCAGAAGCUGCAGUCCGGCCGAAGGUCCAUGAUGGGAGAACAUGGGGGAUGCAGCCUGUGACUGAGGAGGACAGUUCACACAGGCAUGAAGGACACUGUCAAAUGGUAUCUGACACCAAACCCGAACAGCAGCCAGGAAGCCCAGCCCAGUUAUCCUUACACUCAGCACCAGCUCUCCGACAGCACAGACGGGAGUCUGAACCGACCGGGCCUCAGAGACAGGUGUUUACACUGAACUCUUUUGAAAUGAAUAGUGUGCCCAAGGCGGUGCCUUUAAGUUUGCCUUAUCAAGACUUUAAACGGGAUGUGUCAGACUCUAGGGAAAAGCCUAGGAUCCUCCAGCGGAUAAAGAAGGUCGACUUCUCAAAUAUCGUCUUGACCGCUCCUUGUAAACCGCCGGAGCCCCAUCUGGAACUGAAUGGGGAGUGUGAGGAAGACGAGGACGAGGAGGAUGAAGAGGAGGAGGAAGCUGGUUAUCUGGGAGAAGAGAUUGACAUGCACAGUAGCUCCAGCAGCGACAUGAGUCAGAAAAGCACGGAGCGCAGUCAGGAAGGGGCACCAUCCACUCUGCUGGCUGAUGAUCAGAAAGAGUCCAAGGGCCGCGCUUCCAUGGCCGAUGGUGAUUUAGAACUGGAGGAAGGCUCCAAAACGCUGGUGUUGUUUUCACCGGGUGACAUGAAGAAGUCUCCACUCACCACCGACUUGGCGCCAGAUGUCGAUCUGGGGACACUUGCUGCUUUAACGCCUCAGAGCGAGAGGCCCCAGCCCCUGGGCAGCCAGCUGGAUGUGUCGGAGCCCGGGACCCUGUCCUCCAUCCUGAAGUCUGAAUCAAAGCCUCCAGCAGCGGUUUCCACGACGUCCUCCCUCUUUACCAAAGUCGAGCGCACCUUUGUUCAUAUUGCUGAGAAGACCCAUCUGAAUGUCAUGUCUUCCGGCAGCCAGCUGGUGAGGCACGAGGAGUACUGCCCUCCCGGCCAGCUGGAGGAGAUCAUCCUUGAGGAGGCCCUGGAGGAGAACCUGGGGCUGGUAGAAAAUGGGAGUGCGAAUUCUGGUUUAGAAGGGGGAGAAAUGGAAAGCUGCGCACUCUCGGUCAAUCACAUCGAAACCUCCUCGGAGAUGGCAGGGGAGCCGCUGACGCUUCCCAACGGCGUGGCCCAGUCCCCGGAGGAGAGGCUGGAGCUUAAAGGCAAAGCCGUGCUGGCACUGGAUUUGGAAGAAACUGGUCGGCUGGUUUCAGGAGAGCCUAGCUUAGAAAAGACCAUUCUGGCGACUGAGCGCCUUACACAAGCCGAGGCUCUCCUGGGAACAACGAAGCAGGGCCCGAGAAAGCCUCUGAGUGCUAGAUACAGAAGCCGGAUUCCCAUCUUGUUCUCCGAGGAGGACACCGGCUCAGACCUGUCGGCCUCGCUCUCGGCCAAAGAGAGGCUUCACAAGAGGGCCAAGCAGCCUGACUUGGUUCGCCUAGUGAUGGAGAGAAGGCAAAGCUGCCGCCUCAGACUGGUCUCUGGGGCCUCCUCCUCGGCCUCCUCCAGCGACGAGCAGAGACGUGCCUCAGAGACCCUCUCGGCCACCGGCUCAGAGGAGGACACCCAUGACUCAGACGACUCCGUCCCGAGGAGGACGGAGGAGGGGAAGGUAUUCCACCGGGGAAGAGAAGGGAAAACUUUAAGCACAAAGAGCAGAAUCCCUCGGCCCAUCAUGCCUGCGAGGACGUUGCCGGCAGCCGUGAAGUUCAGGAGCCCAGCAGCACCAAACAGCUCGACGCUCGAUGCAGCUCUCACCGCCAGGCUUCAGAGGACAGCUGGGACUGCGCCCAGUGACUCCCCACUGAAACAGCUCCACAGCCGGCUCCCUUCCUCCCCGAGUCCGGCUCCUCCUCCUCCCCCGUGGAGCUGUGCUCCCCCCUGGAGCCCCGGCCUGCCCCCAUGCAACCUCAGUGCUUCCCCCAAAAGCCAGUCACUGUCCAGACGGGAGAGUCCUUCACCCUCCCGGCAGCAUAGGCCAGGGUCUGCCCUGCAGCGAGUUCAACCGUCUCCCCGCCCUCAACCCCGAGUCCUGGCGCGGGGUCUGCUGGGAGAUCCCUCGGCCUCCCCAGGCCUGGCCAGGAAAGGACAAAGAGGGAAAACCCAGACUCAGAGCCCAGCAACCAAAGGAAGGCAAGUGUCCGCGGAAGGCAAGGCUGCGGCCAGAUAAUGAUCUUCUGCCGCCAACCCAUCAGGCUGGCUAACUCCUGCGUCUAGUGUACACUGAGCUGCCCUACACGCCGGACCCACGAGCGGCUCGCAGCUCGCUGCACCUCAGCGCUUCGCUCCCUCCCACGCCCACGCCGUCCGGAAACCGCUGCCCCAGGGCGGAGCGCCUCUGCCCCACCAAGGGCUCGGCCGCAGCGCACGCUUGCUAGUGCAACCCACCACGCAGAGCCUCAGGCAGCCUGCCUAGUGCCUGACCCCCCCGCCCCCUUUUCUCCUGCUCACUUAGCAAUACCAGAGUCUCCAACCCAGUGCGCUGACACGUGAGCUUUAGCGAGCAGCAGUCGAAGUCAGUGGAGAGGGGACGGGCAUGGGAGGAGAGAGCUCUGGGCCUGGAAGGAGCUGCUCCCCACCCCCAGUGCGUUGCUCCAGGAAGCGCCUGCCUCCCCGCCUCGCCUGUUGUACUUGCAGUGACGGAGGUUACAACCCACCUCCUGCCCAGCUAGCCAGGGAGCGCCACUGGCUUACCUAGGAGAGCAGCCGGCUGCAUUUUACCAGCUGCUCCUGCAAGUCUGGUAGUGCAGGGAGCCAGGCACCGCUGCUCAGUGAUGCCCCCUAGGCCAAUCUGUCUGUGGCAGCAGGCGGCUAUGUGUGACCAAGCCAGGGGCCCAACGGCUAGGGGGGCAGAUUGCAGCUGUGCCCCAUGGAGACUACCAGUCCCAGCAUGCAGCCGAGGGGGGGCCAGUACAGCUUUUCCUGCUGGCGCCAGCCCCAGCUCCAUAUUAAAGAGGUGGGUGUCACUUUUGUGUGGGUGCCCCUGCCCCGAACUUCCUUGUGCUUUGUUGUCACGCAGCCAGGUGGCAGGGGGGGGCGGGCUCCACAGUGGCUUUAACACUGCAGGGGGGUGACUCUUGUGCACUGCAGACAGGCGCUGCUGCUUUGCAGCCGGAAAUGGGCUGGCACGUUACUGAUCCACUAGCAUCUAACUAGCUGAUUUGGGCAGGUGGGGUUUAUGGCUUCCUCUGCCUGCACUCUCAGCUCGUCGACGCGCUGCGGGAGCACAAACCAUGUGAAUGUAGUGGUAGGGUCAGCUUAGGGCCCCAGUUCCGGAUGUCACGUGACCCCUGCCACCCCGGCUCUCACUUUAAAACCCUUUUAGCCUUCAUGGCUGGGAAGCAAUGCUCAAAAAACAGCCACAGGUGACCGCUGCCGCAAUAUCUGCCUGAGUCUGCAGAGAGCCUGAGACAAU